UAUUGCUAUGCCCCGCAAAGUGCUCAAUAAUAAUCUUGGUGCCCCAUUUCUGCGGACUUAAGCCAGGACUCUAGACGGACUCCGACCUCCCUGCCGCGCCCUGCCAGCUGCGUCCUCAGGGGACUGGUGAGCAAGUCACACACAGCCAAACGUCUGCAAGUCCGGCAUUGCGAGCCACGCGAAUGUGCCACCUCAGCUGAGGGGGUGGGGCUGCUCCGGCGCUCCGCCCCUUGGCCCGGGAGGGAGUCACGCGGCGAGGUAAACACUCAGCACUGACCUCGGUUCAGUGGCGGGGCUGGUGGCUCUUGCUGCUGCUGCUGCUGCUGCUGCUGCCGCCGCUCCCCGCUACAAUGGAGGACGGUCUAGUUCGUGCCUUUGGAGGCCUGAGCCUUCAUCCCCGCGCCCAAGGCAGGGCGCCACCUCGCAGGCGCCGCUUCAGCAAGCGCCUCUUCUUGCUUCGAGGCCUGCCGGGCUCUGGGAAAAGCACCCUGGCCAGGCAGUUGAAACAUGAAUUUCCCAGCGCAACAGUUUUUAGCACUGAUGACUACUUUUUCACAGAGGAUGGCAUCUAUGUGUUUGAUUCGGAUUCCCUAGAAGAAGCACACAAGUGGAACCAGAAAAGAGCACGUAAAGCAAUGAAGAAUGGGAAAUCCCCAGUUAUUAUUGAUAAUACCAACAUCCAUGCUUGGGAAAUGAAGCCAUAUGUGAUAAUGGCACUUGAGAACAGCUAUGAAGUUAUAUUUCGAGAGCCAGAUACGCACUGGAAGUUCAAUGUUCGAGAAUUAGCCAGACGGAAUAGUCAUGGUGUUCCAAGAGAGAAGAUUCAACGUAUGAAAGAACAGUAUGAGCAUGAUGUUACCUUUCAUACUGUGCUACAUUCUGAAGAACCCCCCAGACACUUCAGCAGGUCCAAUGGAGUUUGCAACACAGGAGGUUGUUCCUAUCCAAGUCCAACAUUCUCCAACAGAAGAGCCAACAGCAACUCCAGAAAUGAGAACUCCUCACGUAGGAGUAAUUAUUUCCAUAGGGUCCGUUAGCAUUUUUGUCAAGUUGUAUAAUAUGUUGCUUUAUUUUUAUUAUCAUCAAUUUUGUACUUUAAAUGUUUGUAUUUUUCUACUGAGCUAGAUUUAGAUGUCACCAAUCAUUCUUCUUGAGCCUGAAAAAUACACACGCACUCACAUGGCCAUCUGAUCCAAAUUGUAUUUACAAGCAAAUGAGUAAAUUAUGAUUUGUACUCACA